AUGACGGAUGGGCCGAUCAAAGUCAUCGUUGUGGAAGAUCCGCUGGGUGAGCACGGGCCCCGUCCAGACGACGCGAAGGCAGACAGGUCACGCUUCCCUGCGCAGGAGUUUGUGGAGGUGUGCGAGAAGCGGCUGGAUGCCUACAGGAAAGUCACUGCCCUGACCGUCAGCGACUUUGCUUCGGCGCUGCCUGGCAUGGACGUCACAUCAGUGACCUACCCUUCCGAGUUGAAACGCCUGGCCUGGCAUCCGGCAGUCACCGCUCGGGAUGCCUCCGUGGCCUAUGCAGUUGGCGCAGGACGCAGUCGAUGGCUGCAAGCAGAGGAUGAGAUUGUGGCUCCGUGGUCAGAGCUCAUGCCAUUGAUGGAGCAGCUGCAGGAAUCAUUGUCGAUUCUUCCGGCAGACAAUGUGGCCUUGGUCGGCCUAGGUACCGGCGCUCACGUCGCACUUGCUCUGGCUUACUCCCUCGUCGAGAAGCGUGGGAUCAUCCCAGCACGCCUCUACGCCGUGUGCCCACCCACAGUUUGGCCCGUGGCAGAUGCUCCGCCGGCAGGCGCGCUCGUGACGACCCCGAUCCGCUACCUGACCUGCCCGGAGUCUGUAGCUGGCCCACCUUGGCGUCUCGAGACGUCCACUUUUGGGGAUUUCCGGCAUCAACACUUCGAG